AUGUUUUCGCUUUUUCGAAUUGAGGAUGUUAUAAAGAUUGAAGCUCAUUUUAAGGAUGACGAGAUAAAAAGUGUAAUUGAGUUCUUGCUAAGAGCAAAGUAUAUCGAUAAGGUGCUUCAAAAUGUUGGUUUGUGUGUUGGAUUAUAUGACAUACUUGAUGUAAAAAACAAAGAAAUCCUGAAAGGCACAGGUGAAAUUAGAUUUAAUGUGAUUUUUAGACUUGUAUAUUUCCAGCCCUUUGAAAACGAAAUUAUUGAAGGUUUUGUUAAGAACUCGGAUUCUAAUGGAAUUAUAAUAAGCAUAGGCUUUUUCGAAAACAUAAGGGUGAACUCUGCCAAUCUGAGGGAACCAAAGGAAUUUGAUGUGGAGAAGAAGGAAUGGUACUGGACAUACGAAGGAAUUAAAUUUUUUUAUGCAAAAAAUGAAUUAAUAAGAGUGAGAAUUUUGGAUACCUAUUUCAGUGACCCGAACGAUAUAAGAAAAGACAAAACAACACCAUCCAUGUCUAUCACGGGCACUGUACAACAGGAUGGAUUAGGAUUGGUCAAAUGGUGGAACUAA